AUGACUUCAAAAUUGGCCAAGAUUAGAGACUUGAUGAUCAAGAACUCUAUUCAAGCAUACAUUGUCCCUUCUGGUGAUGCACACAUGAGUGAGUAUGUUGCUCCAUGUGAUGAGAGAAGAGCCUUCAUUUCGGAAUUUAAUGGAUCUGCAGGAACUGCUUUUAUUACCUUGAAUUCGGCCUAUCUUUGGACUGAUGGAAGAUAUUGGCUUCAAGCACAAAAGCAAUUGGAUGAAUCUUGGACUUUGAUGAAGGAAGGAAUUGAUCCUCCUCUCACUAAAUAUAAUGUGCAAGCUGUUGAUGGAAAAUUCACUAUUGGAUUUGAUCCAUACCUUUAUUCAGUUGAUGAAUACAAGAACAUGGCCAAAGCACUUGAAGUUUCACACAAUGUUGAAUUUAAUUUGAAAUCUCUUCCUGUUAAUUUGGUUGAUGAAGUAUGGGGAGAUGCAAGACCAUCUGCACCAAAUGGAAAGAUUUUCAAAUUGGAUGAAUCAUUCAGUGGAAAAUCUGCAACUGAAAAGAUUGAACAAAUCAGAAACGCAAUAGCAGAAGAAGGUUGUAGAUAUGCAAUCUUGACAGCACUUGAUGAAAUUGCAUGGCUUCUUAAUUUGAGAGGUUCUGAUAUUAACUACAAUCCUGUAUUCUUUGCCUAUUUGAUUAUCAACAAUGAAGAUGUUAUCUUAUUUGUUGAUAAAAGCAAAUUUGAAGAUGGCGUUGAGGAAUAUUUGAAUAGCAUUAAUGUAACUGUAAAAUCUUACAAUGAAUAUUUGGAAACUCUCCAAAAAAUUGUAAAGACCAAUCAUGUAGAGUAUCUAAUUGACCCAAAGUCAUGCAAUUAUGCCACAUUCGAAGUGUUGAGCAAUGAUAGUGUUGAUAUUACUGAAAAGAAGAGUGUUGUGACUGUUGCUAAAUCAUUCAAAAAUCCAGUUGAAAUCAAGGGCUUUAGAGAUUGUCAUAUUAGAGAUGGUGCAUCAAUUGUAAGAUAUUUCGCAUGGGUUGAAAAUGAAUUGAAACAGGGACAUAUUGUUAAUGAAUAUGAAGGAGCUGUAAAAUUGGAAGAAAUCAGAAAGCAAAAUGAUUUAUUCUUAGGAUUGAGUUUUUCAACAAUUAGUGCCUACGGUAAGAGUGCUUCCAUCAUUCACUAUUCCCCAUCAAAGGAAAACAGUCAAGUUAUCGGUACAGAUACUCUCUACUUGCUUGAUAGUGGAGCUCACUACAAGGAUGGUACUACUGAUACCACUAGAACUGUUCACUUUGGAGCUCCUUCUGAUGAAGAAAAAUUAUGUUACACCAGAGUUUUACAAGGCCACAUUGCUAUUGAUUCUCUUGUUUUCCCAGAAGGUGUUACUGGCUUGAGAUUGGAUGCUAUUGCCAGAACUUUCCUCUGGAAAGAAGGAUUGGACUAUAACCAUGGUACUGGACACGGUGUUGGUCACGCUUUAUGUGUUCAUGAAGGUCCUCAUGGUAUUGGAUACAGAUCUAUUACUUACAAUGAUUUUGGAUUGAAGGAAAAUAUUAUCGUUACCAAUGAACCAGGUUAUUAUGAACCAGGUAGAUUUGGUAUUAGAAUUGAAAAUAUUCUCUUGGCUAAGGAAACUCCAACCAAGAAGAAUUUCAAUGAUAAGAAAUAUAUUGGAUUUGAGGCAAUGACAUGUUGUCCAAUUCAACCAACUAUCUGUGACCCAUCUUUGAUGAGUGAGUCAGAAAUCUGUUGGUUGAAUAAUUACAACAAGAAGGUUCGUGAAACUCUCACUCCUCUCUUGGCAAGUGACACUCUUGCUCUUGAUUAUCUCAAUAGAACAACACAACCUUUGGUGAAAUAAUUCUGUAAUAAUACAGAGUAACCACCGCGGUGUUUGUAGUAUUUGUGAUAAUUAUUUUGUGCAAAUAAACUUGAAUUAUCUGU